GGUAACUAAGUGCGUGACGCGUGGUGGUUUGGCGCCAGCAGCUUUCGCGGGGUAUCAACAGCACAGUGAACUGAGCAGCACGAGCGCUCCCAGCUAACGGUGGCAUCGGCGUUGUGGGCUGAGGUGUUCGGUGAAGAGCGCAGUGGUGUCCCGCCGGGAAGCGACGCAUCUUCGUUUCGUUCAUGGUGGGUCCUCUUCCCAUCUGACAAGCAGGAGCUGUGGGGACCGGAGGGUGACGUCGCUGCUGGACACCGGGCGCUGCGAGAGGCCUCCAGGAGGUGAGAGAUAAUGAUGGCGACUGCGGGGCCUCCCAGCACCUCCAGCUUCCUCCCUCUGCUGGAAACUCUGGAGGACAGCACAGCUGGACAGUCGGAGCAGACGGACGCCUACCUGACCAUCGCCAAUCGGCUCAGUGGAGAUGAAGGCCGGCAGUUCCUCCCGGCGGUACAAAACGACUUCUCCCGUUUAGGAAAAGUCAUAUUGGCCCACGCAAGCAAUUCAAAUGCCGAUCUGAGCCAAGCUGCCUUACAGGCUUUAGGUUUCUGUGUGUUUCACUCUCAGGUGGUUUCUGGAAUCUCUGAAAACCUUGCAGCACAGAUCCUGUCGGCGCUCUGCUCCCUGGUGACGAAGUCGACCGACAAGAACACUUGUACCAGAGCCUUGUGGGUCAUCUCCAAACAGAGCUUUCCUGCAGAUGUAGUCGGCAAAAACGUGCCAACUUUGCUGGGUACUUUGGAGAGUGUGUGGAACAGAGAGGAUAUCCAGUCUACAGUGAUGGAGCACGAAGCCCUGAACGUGAUCAUCAGGAUGGUAGAGCAGGUGCCGACAGAGAUGUGUGACGGAGCGGUGCGAUGGGCGAAGCUGGUCAUCCCGUUGGUGGUGCACUCGGCCUCCAAGGUGCGUCUGCGUGCCGCUGCCGCCUUGGAGAUGGGCAUGCCUCUGCUGCUGGCCAAACAGACGGAGGUGGCUGCUGUCAUCGAACCAAUGAUGUCUACAAAACUGAUCCCAGAGCUGCAGAAGCUCUUCAUGUCCAAGAAUGAAACCAACGUUUUGAAGCUCUGGCCGUUGUUUGUGAAGCUCCUCGGGAAGCUGCUGCACAAAGGAGGUCCUUUCAUCAACUCUCUGUUGCACCUGGAGGAGCUUGGUUUCCGCAGCUCCUCUCCUACCAUCAAGAAGAUUGCCUUCAUCGCCUGGAAGAGCCUCAUUGAUAACUUUGCUCUCAACCCAGAUAUCCUGUGUAGCUCCAAACGCAUGAAACUCCUCAUGCAGCCACUCACAUCCAUCCAUGUCAGAACGGAGGCCCUCCUGCUGGCCAAGGUUGAAGUGUGGUGGUAUCUCAUUGUUCAGCUUGGACCCAACCUGUCCUCCAACUUUGAGCAGGUCGCCGUGCCUCUGCUCCAGUCAACUAUUGGGUCGGAUUCUUCCCCUGUUGCAAACACUCCUAGAACCGUCACUCCAAACGGAGCCGUCACACCCGGCACCCCAAAGUCAGGCAACGUGAGCUUCAACCUCUCGGUCGGCACACCUCGAACGGGCCUGAACUCCAGCGUGCAGGUUCCGUCCAGCUUCUCCUCCAUUCAGCUGCUGGGGCUGGAGAUGCUGCUUCACUACUUCCUGGGACCAGAGGUUGUGGCUGCCGCAGCCAAGAACAAGCUGGUGUUGAAUCUAGAACCUCUGAACCACCCGCUCCUCUCUGGUGCUUCAUCCUUCCUGAAACACGCCGCUGUUCUCGUCUCCAACAUCAGAGACGGCUUCACAAACAUUGGCAAAGAUGCUCCAGAGCUGCUGCUGGCCGUCAUUUGGACCAGUCUUGUCCGCUUUGUCAACUUGACUAUAGAGUCAGGCACUAAGAAGGAGCGUCAGGGCUCUGAGGUUCUCACCAUGGUGCUUCAGGCCCUGCAGAGCAUCGUCGUCUCAGAGGCCCUACCUGCAGACAGAGUCCUGAUUCUGUUAGAGGCCACCGUCAAAGGUCUACCUCAGAGAGUUCUUGGCUCUGCUUCCUAUCAAGUGGGCAAGAUGGAUGUGCUGAAUGGAACCCCAGCUCUCUACGUCAUCCUUCUCCUCUUCAACAGCUGUAAGCUGCCGUCCUACGUAGAGGAUGAGAGGUUUUUUCAUUGCCUGCAGACCCUCGUCUCAUGCGGCCUGUCAGGACCCACCUCUCCUCUAGCGUUUGCUGAGGCGGUGCUGGGCGCCAUGAGCAGCUGUGCAGGGUCUCUGCAGAAUAAGGAGCAACUGUGGAGGAUGUGGAGUUUGAUGGUUGGCCCUCUGACUGACACCAUCACACAGUCUAAUGAAGUGAACCAAGGUGACGCUCUGGAGCACAACUUCAGUGCAAUGCACUCUGCGUUGAUGUUCCCCAUCACACACCACCUCCAUGGCACUCUGCUCCAGCAGGCAUCCCAGAAGUCCAUGCUGUCCUCUUGGUCGAAGUUGUACCGGGUUUUUGCUCGCUGUUCUGCUCUGGUGGUCACGGCUGAGGAGAACAUCUGCUGUGAGGAGCUCUGUGUGAAGAUGGCCGCGGCGGUGGACGGAGAGGCGCUGAGGGUCCCUUCAACAUUAAACACUGUCUCCAGUUUCCUGCACGUCAUGGUGGAGUGUGUUGACUUCUCUCCAUACACGCCUCACUUUCAGCAGAAGCUGAAGUCUCCUCACACUCCUGUCAACUGGACACGGAAACGGAGCAAAGCCCUGGGCAACUUGUCUACGUUCGUCUCCCUGCUGGUGCAGUGUCUGCAGGUUUACCUGGAGGCCCCAGAGGCUUCCUCUGAGGCAGCCGGCUCAGCUUUGGUCUCCAUCAUGUCCACUCUCUUCACCAACCUGGUCCUGGCCAACGCCAUCACAGAGGCCUUAAGCGCUCUGAUUCAGCCUCUUGCUCUCUUCUAUAAACACGAUGCUAGUGAGACCAGUAAAUUCUCCACUCACCUCCAGGGAAAGCUGGAGAAACUCCUGUGCGAGGUCGUCAGCUGCCUGCAGUCCCGCUCCACCCUAGCCUACAAUGACGACCUUCUAGCUCUGCUGUCACCCCUGCUUUGUGAGGCGUUUCCACACAAGAGCAAGCAUGUUCGCACGGCGGUCACUCAGUUCUGGAACGCCACCUUCGCCAACACAGUCAGCCUCACGUAUCCUGAGGAGAUCAGGCCAGUGCUGAACCAAGUGAAACAGAAGACUCCCAUCAUCCUUCCAGGCUUUGAGGCCGUCAGCGUUCCUGAUGAGCUCAGUGAAACCUAUUCAAGUGAAAGCUCUCAGCUGGAGACGAAGCUCAGUGGGAUAACUGUUUGUUCCACUGGGAAGAGGGACUCCAUGCUCAGUAAACCUGAACUGAAGGACAGGAGCGCCACAAAGACAUCCAAGCCCGUUUCUACAAAGUUGGACUUUGGUUCUCCUAAACCUCCACGCAGGGGGGUUCUGGAAGAAGAGGCUUCAAUCGACUUUGUCUUUAUCCCUCCUGAGACAAAGGAAAGGGUUCUGACUGAGCACCAGAAGGAGGUGAAAAGAACCAAAAGGGUUGAUAUUCCUGCCAUGUACAACAACCUCGAUGCUUCUCUGGACACAACAGUGUUCAGUCAGUACACACAGAGCCAGGACGACUCUUUGGACAAUGUUGCAGCUGCACAAGGUGACGGCAUUGCCACAGAGGCACCCAAUGAGACAGAGAAACCCACCAAAGUUGCCGAAAUUCUUUCAAAAGAAUCUCAAGAGAGCCCUAAAGACCAGCCAGAGGAGAGCCUCCCACACUCUUCAGAUGUUUCUCUGGAGGAACCUACUAAAAGCACUGAUAGAACCAGAGACAUGGACAUAGAGUCGAAAGAGAGUCCAAGUCCAAACACAUCUGCCUCGUCUGAUUUGGUCUCGGGGACUCCUCAGAAACCCAGCAGUCGGCGGCAGUCUUUUAUUACUUUAGAGAAGUAUGGGGAGGGAAAGCCUGCCAGUCCCAGCAGUGCGUCCUCAUUUACCGGUCCUCUUGUAAAGCCGUCCACCACUCAAGAUCCCUCUAGUGCUGAUAAGCUAUCGUCUUGUGAAACUUCACAGACAUCCGUAGAUCCAAAUCAUGAGGGUUCCUCUUCAUUACGGACGGUUGGCCAACAGUGUCCAGGGGAUGAGUCUCCUAAAAGGCCUAAAGAGUCGAGGACAAAAAGUGAGCCUGUAAGACUGAUUGAGAGACUGCAGAAUGAUUCAGCAGAAGAUGAAGAAGCAAUCCCUGACACACAAAUGAAAGAGGACAUAGAAAGCUCUAGUUACACAGAAGAAAGUCAAUCUUUGAGUCAAAUUGGGGAACCUGAACCAGUGCUAGAUGAUUCCCAGUCCUCUUCAGAUGAACCAAGACGAUCCAGACGUCAUCGGGUCAGACCUCAGCUACCCGGAGAAGACCCAGAGGAACGCGAGGCAAAAUACACACACGUUAAGAGACGACGUUCUGAAGAAGAGCCAAAAGUUGACUCAUCUAAUUCAGCACAGAGCAGACCAAACACCAGGAGCAAAGAGGGGACCGGUGAGAACAGUGGCAGAGACCGGCUACGAUCAAAGUCUCAAAGCAACUCUGCUGAAUCUAGCCAAAGUACUCCUCGGGGAAGACCUAAAAAAAAGGUCAAACUUUACAGUUCUUCAGAGAACCUUCUUGAAUCUCCUGGGCGCAAAAGGAGAAGCACCAGUGAGCUGCAGUCCAGACAUCCUGACAUCCAAUCAGAAACACAGUCCAAUAAUGAAAACCAGAAGCACAGAAGGUCCAGUCAGCUAAGCAAAGCUUCAAAGGAAGCUGGUGAGGCUGAAGGAUCCAAAGAAGGGUCCAGCCAAAUUUCUACCGAUGGUAUGGUAGAUCUGAUUAAGAAAGACGAUGCUCAUCCAAACACGGACUCCCAAAGAGUCAUACCUUUGGUUCAGACUGAAAAGUCUGAGGAGGUAAAACCAGAAGAAAUGACCCAACUGGACGAAAGCUUGAAGGAAGUGCAAAAAGUUCUCACAUCUUCUCCUGAAAGUGAAGCCAAAUCCCAAGAAAGCCUAGAGUCUAAUGCAGUAAUGCCUUCUCCAGUGGAAGAGUCCAAAGAUGAAACUAGAAAAAAGCUAGAGAGCGUGGAAACGACUCCAGACAACAUUAAUGCCAUAGAAACUGUGGUUGACAACUCGAGCCAGAAAGACUUGCAGGCUACACCUUCAUCUUCUGACAUGCAGGGUAAACGUAGAUACACUCGAAGAAAAGCAACAUCUGAGGCAGCAGGGUCUGAAGACAAAGAUGGCCCUAUCAGUUCUCCAGGACCGUCGAGACGUUCUCAGACGUCCGCUCUUGUUAGUCAGGCUGAAACUGGCAUUGGAGGCAGGACCAGGAGGAGUAAACUUGUGGAGUCUAGUCCAAGCUUUACCCCUGAAAGUUCUCAGUCAUUAGAUAUAUCCAGAUCAGGGUCAUCUCAAGGCAGGGGCAGGCCUUCAAGAUUGAGAUCCUCUCAGUCAUUAUCACAGUCAUUAUCACCCAGUGUGGAUUCAUCAGAGUCUGAAUCCUCGAUGGUCCUGGAGGACCCUAUUCGCAAAAGGAGGGGGAGGAAGCCUCGAGCAUCUCUGCAGAGUCCUCUUACUCUUCAGUCCAAGGAUGACAGUUUGGAUAUGAAAGAAACCGUCUCUCAAAACCUGGAGACAAAAAACAGUUCAGAGGAAUCAUCAGAAAUCCCAAAAGAUUUGAAGGAAGUUGAUCCGGUGACGAGAAGCAAAACUGAGCCAAAUAAGGACGAGUCCGAGUCCCCAGUGGUGACUGAGUCUCAGGCUGAAAGUGAAGAUCUAAAGAAGACUGAAAGUGAAGAUGCACACCAGGAGAGCAAGUCCAUGAGCAGUCCCGAACAAACCGACUCAAACAGUAAAAAGCCUUCUUCACAAGAAAUGCUUGAAUCUGUUGGGUUUGAAAACACACCGACACAGGACUCAUGUCCUCCUCCUGAGGACAAGUUCCAAGUCUCAGAGACAUCCGAGGAAAAGGCAGAAAAGGUUUCUGAUCCUGAACAUGAAGUUACAGAAGUACAGCUGGAAUCAAAUUCAGACCAGCAAGAACCUGCAGCUCCUCCAGAGGAGGAACCUGCAGCCGAGGAGCUUCAACAAAGCCAGAUGGAGUGUGCGCAGAUCACCGACGAGGAAGAGCUGUCCGCCACACACCUGGUUUCAGAGUCCAGCGAUAAGGAGGACAUUCCUCUGCAGCACAACGAAGACUGUCAUCCUGAGACAACUGAGGAUGAAUACAAAGCAUCGCCUGGCACUGAACCUUUGGAUUCUGCUGGACCUGACUGCAGCCCUGCAGGAUCUGCCCAAGCUGGUCCCCAGGACUCUCCGGUUAAACAAAAAGACCUGGACACUGUAACAGAAUCAGUGGAUGGGCAAAGCCCCAGCAAUGGACGGAUGAGGGGAACAUGGUCCCCUUCAGCUUCCCCUUCCACCAGCAUCCUCAAGAAAGGCCAGAAGAGACCAUUGGAGGUGGAGAUGACCUCUCCUCUUGUCAAGUCCCGGCGUGUAUCUUUUGCUAACCCCAUCCAACAGCAGGAGAUAGCUGAUGAUAUCGAUCGGCGCAGCCCGGCUCUUAGGACCAGCUCUCCCAGCAGGUCCAAAAUCGGCAGCAUCCCACAGCCAAAGCAGGUCACCACUCCAACCAAAGGCCUGAAGAUCCUGAGCCCCAGGAAUCUGCACAGUCCAGGUUACAGGAGCUCCAAGAAGUGUCUGAUGUCUGAGAUGACUCAGGAGCCUCGAGCCGUGCCCAGAGACUGCAUCUACCCCUCCCUGGUGGGCUGCUCGGCCCCCGUGGAGGCUGUGCUUUCUCAGAUAUCCUCCACCAUGUGGUCUCGAGGGUUCGGACAACUCAUUCGUGCCAGAAACGUGAAAUCGGUUGGCGACCUCUGUGCCCUGACUCCUGCUGAGAUUAAGACUCUUCCCAUUCGAUCUCCAAAGAUCUCCAACGUCAAGAAGGCUCUGAAGAUCUAUGAACAGCAGCGGAGAGGGAGAGGAGACGAGCUGAAGAGCUUUGAUGAAACGGAGAGGAUAACCUCUGAGAUGGAGGAGACGGGUGGUCCUCACAACCAUGAGGAGGAGGAGAAGACCUCUGCAGAGACACUGGCCACCGAGCUGGUGGAGGAGGUGUUUUGUCCAGAUGGGAACAGCUCUGCGACGCCGACACCAGAACGGCAGGAUGGAGAGCAGAGACUCCUGGAAGUGUUGCACCCUGAUGCAGACCUGCCAUCAGCCGUGGAGGCUCUGACCUGCAGGAUGACGCCACCGGGACUCAGCCGCUGCUCUGCACAGCAGCUGGUGGAGAUGCACGAGCAGCUGGGAGACAUGAUGAGGGUGGUGGUGGUGGAGCUGCAGACACGACUGUGCCAGGCUGGGGACACGCGCUGAUGAGCUCAGCCGAAUGAUGCACCGAGGCAGGAAGUCCGAGCUCCUAAAGAACUUGCAAUAGAAGAAGGAAAUGCUUUCUGCCGGCUUUCACAGAUGGAGAAUCGGAUGGAUUUGAAUUUGGAUCAGUUGGAUGUUUUUCACAUUUUUGCUUGCUUUUAAUAACAGUUCAUUUUCUGGUAGCUGCAGAUCCUGAUUAGAUUCUAGAAUGUUUUUUUUUUUUUUAAAUUUAACACUUUUAUGCAGUGUUGGGUAUUUUUAAACUAUUUUUCCAUAAAUUUUAUUUCCCCCAUUUCAAUUUUUCCUCCAUCUCUGUAAAUAGUGCCCCCCAUUGUUUUAGGCUGCCUAUGGUUAUUUUCCAUCACUUCUCUUAAUUGUCUUAAUGUGUUAAUGUUCCAACAGACUGAGCCUCACGGGGUGUGCUGUAGGUUUAAUUUGUGGUUUUAAACUCCUAAAUAAAAACAACUUCAGGACCUUUA